UUCUGGAAACUUCUUGAAAACUGAUUGGAAACUCGAAUUGUGUAUCUCAACUGCGCUCCAAUCUACACGCGACUAUGGAACACAAUAGUUUCCGAUUGGAUAUAUGGUGCAAGUGAAGUCAUCAGAUUAUUCUGUUGGUUGAGAAGAUGUCGGAAGUUGUGCAUAUUUGAGUUAAUAUGUUAAAUGAGAUAAGUAAAACAUUAUAGUGCCAGGCUUAUAUGCACACUAUAUUAUAUGUAAACUAGUUACAACCGUAAUGCUGUCAUACUGUUUUUCCCAGAUUUGUAGCUAAAUUGUACGUAUUGAGAUUAGCUGGAAGUCAGAUUCGACUUCCAGGUAACUACAUCUGUGAUUGGUUAUUGGAAGCGUGUACGAGGUUGCUUGGUCCUCCUACUUACUGUACGUCGAGCCAGAGUCCCCCAUAUUUGAACACUGACUGGCAGCGCCGCGCGAAUAUAGGCUGGUAAAGCUCUUCUCCGAAAACUGAAACCGACUGCUAGCUCGAUUCCUAUUUAGCUACGUGAAACCGAUAGUGAAUGCCUGUCGGUGUCACUAGUAUGGCGUUUCAAAUGUCAACACUUGCAUGUCGUAUUAAAAUCCCAAUCAGUUUCGGUGUACUCACCCACUCUCGUGGUAUCAACAGUGGUAAAGUGUUUGGUCCGAUCUUGAACCUCAAUUUAAGCUGUAACGAUACAGUUGCAAGUCGUGUGUCAAAGUCAUUGCUAAAUUCAAGUGACCGUAAACAAACGUUGUCUGUAUUUACCAGACGUUUGAACGUUUGCGAUCCGACCCUCCAUUUUGGUGUAACUGAAUCCGGACGAAGUGCGAAGUUUUCAACCACCUCAGUGUCCUUUCAGACGGGCAUUGGUUGGGCGCCUUCCCGCAAGAAGGCACGGUCUUUCCGGCAGGGCUGUUGCGUUUUGCUGGGUGCCCUGGGUCUUUCCACAGUAGUUGCCUCUCUGCACUCGACCUCGCUGCGCGCCAUGGCCACAGGGUCCGACUCCAUCAACUUGGACUCAGCCAAGACCGACUGGAAAGAGGCCAAAAAGGUUCUGCUCUCAGCGUCCUUGGAGGAGAGACGGGCUUUGUACAGGACCUCUGACUUCCUCGCUCUGGAGCAGAUCCCUGUCUGGGCUCCAUCAGGACAACCCACAGGUCAUACACUGCAUCCACCAAACGAGGCACUGAACCCCAAAAUAUCUCUCUUUCGAGGCGACAUCACAAAAUUGGAGAUUGAUGGUAUCGUCAAUGCUGCCAACAAGACUCUGCUGGGAGGAGGAGGAGUGGACGGAUCCAUUCACCGCGGGGCUGGACCUCUGCUGAAGAAGGAAUGCGCCACUCUGGGAGGGUGUGAAACGGGCCAAGCCAAAAUCACCGGAGCAUAUGGCCUGCCUGCCAAGCACGUGAUUCACACGGUGGGGCCCAUCGCCCAGGGGCCGGUGGGAGAGCGGGAGAGGGACGGCCUGCGGAGCUGUUACCGCGCCUGCCUGGACGUCGCCCUGGAGCACCGGCUGAGGACCGUGGCUUUCCCCUGCAUCUCCACCGGCGUGUACGGAUACCCUCCUGAUCAAGCCGUGGACGUUGCUCUGGCCACAGUCAGGCAGUACCUGGAAGAGCACCAUGCGCAGCUGGAUCGUGUCAUCUUCUGUGUGUUUCUGAAGUCUGACGAGGAGCUGUACCAGGAGAGGCUCCCGCAGUACUUCCCACGCGCUGGCUGACCAAUCAGAAAUCUUGGUACAGGGACAGAUCACCGGAUGAAGAGCAAACUGUGAGGUGGCCGUGAAGCCAAAGCCUGCUUGACACCGACCGUUUCCUCUUCCUCUCGAUCGUCCUCUUCGCCCCGGGUCUGCUGCUGGGCCGCACAGAUCCCUCUCCCGCGUGAAUCACUGUACCCGAAGCGCUCUGCGUUUGCCGAGGUGCAUCUGUGAUUCAGCUGCACCUCUGACACUGUUCUUGUUGAAAACAAGCGUUUUCUCCAUCUGUUAAAUGUACAGCGCUACAGAGACGACCCAUUAAAUCUAUCAAGGGCA